CUGAAGCCGUACCAAAAGAUCGGAUUCAACUGGUUGAUUGGGCUGUAUGAACAGGGUUUGAAUGGCAUCCUGGCUGACGAGAUGGGUUUAGGCAAGACUGUUCAAACCAUCUCUUUGCUGUCAUGGUUGGCAGAGGAGAAGAGUAUCUGGGGUCCAUUUUUGGUUGUAGCUCCAACCUCUACGAUGCAUAAUUGGUACUCAGAGCUACAAAAGUUCUGUCCGCAGAUGAAAGUUAUCCCAUACUUCGGUGCCAACCCAAACGAGCGAAAACUUCUUCGCAGGCUAUGGACGAAUCCUGUAUCGCUGGGUACACCCGGAGCACCUUUUCAUGUGUUGGUCACCAACUACAAGCUGAUUGUGGCCGAUGAGAAGCACUUUCAGCGAGUGAAAUGGCAGUACAUGAUACUGGAUGAAGCGCAGGCUAUCAAGAGCAGUGCCUCGCAAAGGUGGAAGAUUCUCUUGGGUUUCAACUGCAGGAAUCGAUUGCUCCUGACUGGAACUCCGAUCCAGAAUUCCAUGGCUGAGCUCUGGGCUUUGCUGCAUUUCAUCAUGCCGGAACUGUUCGACUCGUUCAGUGACUUCACCGAGUGGUUUUCCAAAGACAUCGAGUCGUCAGCUGAAGGAAAAGGAACGGGAAUGGAUCAAGCGCAGCUGAGAAGGUUACAGCUCAUCCUGCAGCCUUUCAUGUUGCGAAGGACCAAGAAGGAUGUUUUGGACGAGCUUGUUCACAAAGUUGAGAUAGAAGUGAGGACUCCGUUGUCUUCCAGGCAGAAGUACUACUACGACAUGCUCAAGAGGAGAGUGACCUCGACUGCUGAGCUGCUGGACAGAAAGAUGCUGUCAAAAGAUGACAAGAGGCUGCACUCUCUUAUGAACUUGGUGAUGCAGUUUCGCAAGGUCUGCAACCAUCCAGAGAUUUUCGAGCGAAGAGACUUUAUUUCUCCAUUGCAAUUCCAGGAAUACCUCCGGAUACUAGAUGAACUGCUUCCGAAACUCAAGGCAGAGGGGCACAAGGUGCUCAUGUUUUGUCAAAUGACGAAAAUGAUGGACAUCCUGGAGGAUUACUUUUGGUAUCGGAAGCACACGUACUUGCGACUGGACGGCUCGGCCUCUAUCGCAGACCGCAGGGAUAUGGUGAACGACUUCCAGUCAGAGGACUCUGACGUAUUCAUUUUCCUUCUAUCAACACGAGCUGGAGGUCUUGGAAUCAACCUGACUGCUGCUGACACCGUUGUCUUCUACGACUCCGACUGGAACCCGACCAUGGACGCGCAAGCUAUGGAUCGAGCACAUCGACUGGGGCAGACUAAGCAGGUCACUGUAUAUCGCCUCGUGUCAAAGAACACCAUCGAAGAACGAAUCUUGCACCGCGCCAAGCAGAAAGAUCAUAUCCAGCAGAUGGUCAUCUCUGGC